AUGGCCCUUCUGUCGUGCUCUCUUCGCGGUACUGUGCGACGGACUCCCGACGACCACUCCGAUGACAACGGGGCACCACCCAUGAAGAGACAGCGCCUCCAGCAAGAGGUCGGCCGGCGUCGUCGCCAGAGCUCCCCUGACUGCCUAGACACGACCACUCCCGAUCACAAAUCCCCCCCACGGCAAAUUCAGACCCAAUCCCUCCCCGAAGGUCGCGCGCCCGUGGACCGCCACACACCCCCCCGUGCGCUCGCCGACCGAGAUGGACCUUCCGGGGGCGUCUCCCUCUUCCUCUCGGAUGCGCGAGAAUCGCCGGACCCAUUGGACACUAUCUCACCCCUCCCGGCCAAUAAGCCCACCAAGCCGGUCCCCAGACCCUCAAGUACUAUACGAGAUUUGGAGGCAGAUUCUCUGAGUUCGCCCGCCACCACUCGUACCACCCGACGGAACAAUCCCGAUCCGAACGCGGGGGAUCCGGAUAAUGUCGCGGAGAGCAAGGACGCGUCACAAUCAACGAGGAAUAUCGCAGACGUAGGGCUCCAACCGAAGCAGCAAAGUGAGCUCGGAGUUGAACAGGAGCAAGACGCGUCGGCGCAAACUGGGUCAGAAAGGCGCUCGCUGCGCUCUACCGACACGGGCUCUCGCUCGAAGAGUGAACUCGCUCAAUACUUCUAUAAUUAUGAGCAGAUAAUUAGUCUCGACGACCCGAAGCCUGUGGAGUCACUUGCUGCCAGUACAACUGUUGCUUUGAUACACGAUCUCUCCGAACCUCUACCCUUGCCUUCCACCCCGAAUCCCUCACCAUUCGGAAACCCACUACAAAACCUUUAUCGUUGCAAAGUGAUCGAUCUUCCAAACUCCGCAUUACGCGCACCUGCUGUCGACCCCUUGAACGAAGAACUAUACUUCCGCGCACAUCGCAAGUUCGAACGCCAGGAGAAACAAUUGCGGAAUAUCGAGCGGGAUCGCGCCCAACAUGAGAAACAACAGCUUGAUCGGCUGCUCGAAGAUCUACGCGGUCAAGACUGGCUGCGUGUAAUGGGGUUGACUGGUAUCCACGAGAACGAGAAGUAUCUAUAUGAACCAAAGCGCCGAAUUCUCAUCCAGGAACUUGUCGCCCUAGUGAACAAAUUUCAAAUAUGGAAGGACGAGGAAAAACGUCGGAAGAUGUCUAAAGAUAAGCCACUGCUGCUUGCUGAGGAAACAGACUCCCAAUCACGCCCCCGCCCACGAUCACAAAAACGACCUCAAGCCCCUGAAGCAGUCAGCGAGGAAGGCUCACCAUUAACGGACACGCCUAGCACUCCGCCAGAUCCCCACGAUGUGGAUGCACUGGCAGCCCGGCAACUGCACCAAGAAGCGCGCUCAGCGUCAGUAGCCAAGCACCGCAAAUCCAUCUCAGAAAAUCGCAAACCGGCCUCCAAGCCUGUAGACGACCAUACAAAACCCGCCAGCAAAAGCAAAGACACACCAAACACCACCACAAACACAAAAGAUCCGGUCAAGCGUCAGAAAACUCUCCUCGACAUGAAUUUUAUAUCCUCCACAACCCCCGCCCCCGCCCUUCCCCCAUUACCUCCCCACCCCCCCGACAAGCCUUUCACAUCCUUCUUCGAAGACCGGAGCACUCGCGAUACCGCCGUCGCCGUAAUAAGCGGCACACCUCACAGUCACAACCAAAUAAUUCUCGCAUUCGGUCACCCAAUUCCAGAAGCCGAGGAGCAAGAUUUCCAGCCAUCGCCCGAAAUCCUGACAGAAGAAGCCAUAUACUCGUCACGGCGGCAGAUGCGGCGGCUGAAACGGCAAAGUCGCGGUGGAUGA